CAAAGACACCAUUGUCUCCAUCCAGGAAGAGCCUUGCGUAGCGCCCACAGCUAUCACACAGGCUGCAAUUACAGGGACAGCACCUCUACACUACAGAGCAGAGAAAGGAAGUCUGGCAGUAGGAUAAGGCAGGACAGAGCCCCUGUGAGGACCAAAUGGUGUGAUGGGGCGCUUAGAUGGAAAAGUCAUUGUGUUGUCAGCAGGAGCACAGGGUAUUGGAAAGGCUGCUGCCAUUGCAUUUGCUAAAGAAGGGGCCAAGGUGAUUGCAACUGAUAUCAAUGGAGAGAAGCUGAAGGAGCUGGAAUCGUACAAAGGUAUAGAGACACGAGUGCUGGAUGUGACUAAAAAGGACCAAAUUGAAAAACUGUCUCAGGAAAUUGAUAGAAUUGAUGUUCUUUUUAAUGUAGCUGGCUUUGUCCACCAUGGAUCCAUUCUAGAUUGUGAAGAAGCAGAUUGGGACUUUACGAUGAAUCUUAAUGUGCGGAGCAUGUAUCUCAUGAUCAAAACGUUCCUGCCAAAAAUGCUUGCUCAAAAAUCCGGGAAUAUCAUCAACAUGUCUUCUGUGGCUUCCAGCAUUAAAGGAGUGGUAAAUAGAUGUGUAUAUAGCACAUCAAAGGCGGCUGUAAUUGGUCUAACUAAAUCGGUUGCUGCGGAUUUCAUUGAGCAAGGCAUAAGGUGUAACUGUAUAUGCCCAGGAACCGUGGACACCCCAUCUUUAAGAGAACGAAUUCAAGCCAGGCCAAACCCUGAACAGGCUUUGAAGGACUUUCUGGCAAGACAGAAGACUGGCAGAAUGUGCACAGCUGAAGAAGUAGCACAUCUUUGUGUGUAUUUGGCCUCUGAUGAAGCUGCCUAUGUGACUGGCAAUGCACAUAUUAUUGAUGGUGGAUGGAGUCUCUAAAUUUGAAUUUCUAAUGUGGCAGCCCUACAACCACGCAUCAAGCGAAAGAGAAGAUGAUACAACUUAUAUUAAAGUUUAACUAAAGUUCUGUAACUUCAAUCAAAGCACAAUAAUGCAUUUAUUUUCUUAUAGAUCAUUAUUCACGUGUUAAGAUGGAGUCAUUAUAGUAAAGCAAGAAAAGCAGAUGUUUUAUUUCUUACACACUGCGUAACAACACACUGUAAAAUUAUUUGGAUAUAAAUUUGUAACAUUCAAUAAC